AUGUCAUUUAAAUCAUCAACUUUCAAAUUUAAGUCCGAGAUAGGGAAUGGUAAAGCCACCUUAUUCUGGCUUGAUAAUUGGCUUCAGGUUGGCAGGCUUAUCAACAUCACGGGUGCUUCAGGAACACAGGUCUUGGGUAUCUCCCGCUACGCGACGGUCUCAGAAGUGGCCUCUGGGGGACAAUGGAACAUUCGUCGGUGUCGUGGCUAUCACCUACGGGCGAUGAUAGCCUGCAUCAACUCUGUUCCAGCUCCGGCGGAGGACGCGGCUGAUGAUCGUCGACUAUGGCGCCAUGGAGAUGAGGAUUACAAACCAACCUUCUCGAGCAAAGCAACUUGGGAACAGCUUUGGGUCCCAAACCCAAGCCUCCCUUGGUGCAAAGCUGUUUGGUUUCCGCACAGCAUUCCACGGUUUGCUUUUAUCACAUGGUUGGCUUUUCAAGAUAGACUGUCGACAGGAGCGAGAAGCAGAGCUUGGGGUUGCGUGCAACCGUGUCUCCUCUGUGGGGAACCGGACGAAACUCGUGACCACCUGUUCUUCGCAUGCCCUUACUUAUUUACAGUAUGGAUCGAUCUAGUAGGGUUCCUCUUGGGUUCUCGUGUGAAUCCUGAUUGGAAUGUCACCGUCGCAUCUCUUCUAUCUCCUCGCAGGAGGGAGAUUGAUACAUGUCUUCUGAAGCUUGCUCUCCAAGCUAGCAUCCAUAGUAUUUGGCGUGAGAGGAACAGCAGGCGUCAUCAAGGUAAUCUCCUCAGUGCAGAUCAAAUGGUUCGGUACAUUGACAAGACAAUUAGGAACAGGAUAUCCUCACUGCGAAAGCGGAAGCCAAACUUCUAUGGUGACAUGAUGCAGCGUUGGCUCAGUCGGGCUUCUUCGCCGCCACCAUAA